GUAAGUAAUGUGCAUUGGACUGUUGUGCGAUUCAAUAGGAUUCCUACAAAACUACCCUACAAAGUCUGAUCUGUUGAGCGCUUACCACAUUUCAAUGACAGUACAGGGCAGUGUCUAUGUGAUAAAAUCGCGGCGGGACUCUGGAUUUCUACAGGGCACCUCCUUAUGGCUAACCUAACAAUCCAGGCAAGUCGAAAAAACCUGCAAAAUUCCGGACCGGCAGUAAGGGAUUGACGACAAUGAACAAAAGCUACUGAAAAUUUGAAAAUUAGCUAGCCGACUAGGGCCGAACACCAGUGACAGAUCGACUAAUCAACGAAUGAUACAUAUAUAAGUCAAGCAAGCCAACGUAUAUUCAUAAACCUUUAAAUAUCAUAUUGAAUAGCUGUAAGAUUUGACAAGAUUUCAGCUGAACUUGGCAUCUUCUCUGCUCUUGUCGAUAAUCACAUGUACUGAUGUAUUGAAUUUAGCCAUUUGUAAUCGACGUCGUACUAUCACCGUCCCCUUCGCUGCCCCGUCGGUCAAUAGGCGGCAGCAGUCACACAGAAGCCAGUACCAUAAGGCUAUUCGAUAUUUUGUUUCCGCGUCUCACAGAAACUCAUGUUGGCUGUUGUACAAGCUGGACUAGGGAUUACACGUUUUCAACUAUUUCAGUGUUUGUGGUGUGGCAUGACACUGAUGCGUUAUGUGAAACUUCUAUGAUUAUCAACUUUAAGAGUCGGCGAGAUCUUCAAGAUACAAAACAAUGAAAAAGGAAUGAUUGAGUGAUUUACGGACUUUCAGGAAAAGAUGGAAACGCUUGCCUUAUUUUUAGACUUUUUACUUUCCAUGUCAUUUGUGAAAAUCGUCGAGGCGAUAACACUGGAACCAAGUUUUGAUGUACCUAUGGUAAAUGUAACAGUUAAGGAAGGUACCACAGCUAUAUUACCAUGUUCUGUUAAAUUUCUUGGACAACAUCAGGUUAUAUGGACUGAUCAGUGGUCGACUUUGCUAACAUUUGAAGAUCGUCGUAUUAUUGAUGAUGAAAGAAUCAGCGUCGAGCGACCUUUUACAAAAGAUUGGAAUCUACAUAUAAGACAUGUGAAAUAUUCUGAUCAAGGAAUUUAUAAUUGUCAAAUUAAUACAAGUCCUGUAAAAAUAAAGACGGUAAACUUAAAAGUGCAAGUACCAGCCGUUAUCAUUCACCAUUUAUCAUCAGAAGAUCAGACGGCUAAAGAGGGCGAAACCGUCACACUGGUUUGUAAUGUCACUGGCAUCCCCAUGCCAACAGUCACGUGGUAUCGCCAUAGAUCUAGUGAGAAAGGGUUCGAGAAAGAGAGUGAGUUCUGCCCUGGCACUAAUAGAAUAGGUGUCAGUGGUGAAGUAUUGAUAAUACAUAAUGUUAGUAGAUAUUGUGGCGACACUUAUGAAUGUGUGGCCUUUAAUGGCGUCCCACCAGCAGUAAACAAACAGAUAAAGGUUGGAGUGGAAUUUCAGCCGGAAGUCAGAUUACCAAACAGACGAAUUGGUCAGAUAGUGGGCAAGGAGACUAUUCUAGAAUGUGUUAUAACAGCCUUUCCACAGGCUGUCAGUGUUUGGUUAUGGGAGGGCACGGAACUUUCAAACAGUCGGAAAUAUCGGAUAGAGAUAUACGAUGAAGGAGAACACACCAUCACCCUAAGUUUAAGAAUACGAGCUUUGGAGUAUUCAGAUUUUGGUCGGUAUAGUUGUAUGGCAUCCAAUCCGUUAGGUACCGAUAAGGAAGAAAUGGUUCUAUACGACUACACGGCACACAGGUCAACUACUACGACCACGACACCCGCUCCUGUAACAACAGUUAACACUAGAAUAGUUACUCUACACCCGCACGCUACUCAGGGGCCAUUAAACCCGCCCAUAAUACCCUACAACUAUGAUAAAUAUGAAAAUACAGAUUUCGUCACACAGCGACCCAGGAUUACCCCGUUUCCGAGUCGUCCUGUACAUGCCGGUAAAGGUUUUUCUGCGUCUACCAAAACAAGUAACCACAAGCUGUGCCUAGGCAACUUGAUGCCUGUGUGUUCGGCGGCGAAAACUCUAGAGUCCAGUAUGAUUGACAACUGUUCACUGACCGCACCCUCCACUUACGUCAUAGCAAUAACUUUCAUUUUUUUCCAUAAAGUACUUCGAGAUAUGUUUCAGUAACAAUAUGUGUUCCGUGUCGAUCACUGUUGCUCACAAAGAAGUGAAAUAAAUACAUAAGAUAAUUUGGAUGUGGAAAACAUAGAAUUUGCAACUAUUGAAUUAAGUAUUGUGGAAUAAAACUAAUCAAGUACGGACUUUAUUUAAGAUUACUGAUUGGGAGUGAACGUGAAUACGUUACUUUUACCGGAUAUUGAUUACAACGUCCACUCCUGACGUCAUAUCAUUUAAAUAUGGACAUGCGCAGAAGUAAGCAUCAACAGAAAUGCAAUAAUCCUGUUAUGAGUGGUUAAGUGUGUACGUGAAUUAAGCCCAUGUUUUCAGAUCGCGUUUAGUUUGCAUAAAUAUCGAUAAAAGGACACGGCAACAUUCGCCAUGUCAUAAAACAAUGAGAUGGAGUGUCAAACAACAAUUGUAUUUUGCGCUAUGGUAGCUUCUCACAAUGUUUCAUUUCAUGUGGCCGUGUUGCACUUCCACCUCAUCUGAUAUCAUAGCUUCAAGAUGAUCAUAACCUUCUUUAAUCAGUUUGCGCAGUGCGAUUAUUCAUAAUAAAGACUAAACAAGUGAAAACCUCACCGGGAUAAGGUGUACAUGACGAAACAGACGCCUUGGAAGUUAAGCUAUCGACGUGUUUUCGUUUAAACGAAUGGGUGUUUAUAUUUAAAAGAAUGACAACAGAGAAAUAACGUUAAUACUGUUAAAACAAAAUCCUUAUUAUUAGGCCUAAUUAACCAAAAUAUCAUAACUAGUCGCUGUAAAUUUGUAAUUAAGUAUAACUAUAACAAGUACAAUAGAGCUAUAUGGACCAGGAACCGGGCAUGACGUCCUCGCAACGGGUCAAUCGAUGCGCAAUUAACCAAGGAACAAGCAUUUUGAUCGCUCGUUUUAUUCCGAGUAUACUUAAAUUGGCUGAAAAGGAACAACAAUAGAAUGAAUAGCGCUUGGGGCCACGUUCCUCGUCCAAAAGUUUUUGUUUUAGGGAGAAAGCUUGUCAUUAUUUUAAAUAAUCGUAAGUUACAUUCGAAAUAAAUACAGUUUGUUGUGUUUUUGUUUUUCCCAUUUCAAAGCAUGGUGAUAAUACUAGUUAUUUCUUAAAUUUUUAUAAACUGUAAAUAUAACUGUACUUAUAAUAUGUAUCUAUAAUUAUUAACAAAUGUGACGUACGUGUAGUUUACUGUAAUAAUCGAAUUCAAAUUCAAUCUUUUUUUCGUUUCAUUUUUAUAGUCCGGAAAAUUUUUAAACACGGACUAUGAAACGAAAAUUUGAAACGAAAUAAGAUCUAUUUGAAUAGGCGUGUCUAUUAGAAUUAGAUAACUGGGAUUGAAAUAUAUUUAUAUUGAAGGAUUGCUUUGACCAUUUAAUAAGUAACACCAUAUUAAGCACUGUUGUUUAUCAUACAACAUUAGUUCUACUUUGUAUGUUACACAUUAAAUGUAAGUAUAAAAUGUAUUUGCAAAAUUAAGAAGAUUGGACCAAUAUCAUUUGAGAAUUGUGAAUACACCAAAAACAGAAAAUUGUAAAAAAAAAGAUAAAAAAAAUCAGCGUAGUUGCAACGUAUGUUUGGUAGCUGUAACAACUAAUGGUGUGUAUCUGCGAGAAAGUUGGCCUGUAGAUCAAUACAUUUAUACAAUUUUUCUGUAACUUUGUGUAUGCAUAAUAUAUAUGUAUAUAUACAACAAUCUAUGUAUUAAUGAAUAUAAAGAAGAGUUUUGUCAUGGAUCACGGAAGUAUCAUGGUUAUGGAUUCCGCGCGUACUACAAAAUUGGUGAACUUUGGUAUAAAGUAAACUAAGAAAACUGCACAACAAAAAUAGACAAAACCAGAAUUACAACCAGCAACACAAAUAUAUUAAAUAAGAACAUCGAGUGCAAAGAAACAUCCAUAAUCCAAAUGUUUAAUGAAUAAACGGAUCAUUUUUGUUAAAUCAAAGUUCUCGAAUCUCAAAUCAUGUCAGUCAAAGUCUUAUAGUGAAAUCCUGUUUGUAAAUAUUAUUGUUUUCGUAUCAUUAACACUAUCUAUAAUAAGGCAUAUAAUACGCAACAUCAUAAAAAAUACAAAGUGUGUGCAGCUUUAAAUGUAUAUAUAUUUAACAAAUUCACACAACCUGGUAUUUUUUCGGUUAGUAAAUGUAACAUUAGUGAUGAAAUUAUUUUUUCUCUGUUUAUUCUUUAUAUCAACGAAAAGCAUUAAAUUUUGGCGAUUCCAACGCAAUAUUUAUGAUCUUCUGGGCGUUGUAGAACAUAAUACUAGUAUGUCAAAUAUGUUCUAGUCAAGUAUUUCACUUUUAUUCUGUGUGUUUUUUGUAAAUUUUUCACUGAUAAAUGUUGAAGUUUUACUUAGAAUUUAAAAUUUUACUUAUAUGUUUAACUAUUAUGUUAUGUUUCUGUAUAUACGAUUAAAGCAAACCUCGUCAUAUUAAAAUAUGUGUGACUUCUACCAAAGAACAUAAUGUUGCAAAUAAAACGGUUUUCUCUAUCCUA